GACCAUAGAUGGCAUUAUGAAUAUAGAAUUCGAUGAAAACUAUCGGAAUACAAAUCUGUCAACAUUGGUGAUGUCUUCAAUGAUCGGGCAAUGUGGAAUAGUGUCGCUUUCGAACAAAACAUUUCGAGGCCUACCCAAACUAAGGCAACUUACAAUGACUGGAUGCAAAAUAUCACAGAUUACAGAAAACAUAUUCUCAUCAGUGCCUUUGCUGGCAUAUUUAGAUAUUUCAAAUAACUUUAAGUUGGGUUUAUACAACGCUAUCGGCCCUUUGGCGAAGAGUUUAAAUCCUUUCAACAUUAAAACCCUAAAAAUGAAUUUUGUUUCCAAUCCCGAUGACAUUGGCACUAAACUAACAAAAGAAAACCUGAAAUACGUUAAUGCGAUGUCACUAGCUCAUUUAGAAAUGGAUUCCAACAAUAUAGAAAUAUUUGAAUAUAGCGCGUUGAAUAUGUCACGUGGUAAAUUAAAAACACUAUCAAUGCAAAACAACAACCUUUUCUUUUCGUUAUUUGUGGCAACAAUCGUUUGGGAUAAUCCGAGUUUAGUUGAGAUUGACCUUCGUGACCAGUUCAAAUACAAGAAUCCCGCUCCCGAAGUGUACACUAAACUUACGCUAUCAGAUGACCAGUUCAAAAACAAGCUCCUAACUCAUGACGUCACCAAUGCCUCGUACAAUGAACCUUUGUUAUCACGUGAUCAGGAAAACGCGGUGAGUCUCAAAAAGUUCUCAUACACAGGGAGUCGUUAUUUUAUCGACCCCCUUGAUUUUUACAACACGAGCAACUCCCUCUGGUAUAUGGAUAUUUCAGAGAAUCGCAUCACCUGGCUGAAGAAGUAUGAUUUCGAAAACCUGAACCAUCUUACCUUUUUAAAUCUAUCUAAUAAUUAUAUAGAAAAGGUCGACUCAAACUCCUUUGAAGACUUGGUUGCAUUAAAGUACUUUUAUCUACAAAACAAUCUACUUGGGUUCGAAAUGGGUUUCGGAAACUUGGAUAACAUAUUUAAACCGCUUCUCAGCCUUGAACACCUAAUUCUUGCCCGUAACAGAAUCUACGCAAUAAAGAAAGACAUGUUUUCCUCUUGCAAGCAGUUGCAAUUUCUAGAUUUGUCAGACAAUUACCUGAAUGAACUUGACAUAGAUGUAAGCCAAUUACAAAAUAUUUAUUUAUUGAAUCUUCGAACAAACCGGAUUCAAAGCUUUCCUCUCGCAGUGCAAAAAGGGCUGGACACAAUAAUCAAUCACACUUCGCUGACUGUAAACCUCGUGGACAACAAACUUGUGUGUAGUUGUGGAAAUCUAAACUUUCUCAAAUGGAUUCUGAGUUCAAACAUAUCAUUCAUAGAAAGGGCAAGUUACAAAUGCACAUUUAUCAAUAGCACUAGUGUAUUUAUACGAUCAGAAUUUAUUUCCGACCUGGAAAUGGAAUGCCACCGAUACCUGACCGUGAUCAUAACGUGUACAGCAUUAGCCUCCCUCUUCCUGGCGACCAUUACAGCUGCUAUCGGAUACCGAUACCGUUGGCAUAUUCUUUACUGGUACUAUAUGGCCAAACUGAAAGACAGGGCACAAGGUGGACAACAGAACAUAUACGAACGGCUUUUUGAAUGGGAUGCAUAUAUAUCGUAUGAUGAUGAAGACUUGCAUUUCGUUGCAGCGAAAAUGCAACCAGAACUUGAGGAACGCCUUCAUUAUAAGCUACACAUUCGAGAGAGGGACUUUGUCCUUGGUGAAACCAACUCCUUAAACAUACUCAAUGCAGUACAGCAAAGCAAACGAACACUUCUCAUCAUAAGCAGACACUUCCUUAAAAACAAGUGGUGCAAUUUUGAAAUAAACAUGGCUAUGAUUGAAGGCAUUAAAAGUGAAAGGGGCGUGUUGAUACUUGUGUUCCUUGAGAAAAUACCGGCGGCGUUUAUGCCGAGGGAGCUGGCGGCGCUCCUCAAACAGUGUCCCGUGGUUGAUUGGCCGCAGUGCGAGGACGUGGCAGAAGCUUUCUGGGACAAGCUGGUCAAUUACAUUAACGAUUACAAUGACAUUAGCGAGAAUUGACCAUAUGAAUGUUUUAUUGAUGGUGUACAUACUGAU